ACCGUGAAAAGGGAGAAGCUAAAACCCCAACUACAGCUUAUUGAAAAAUCGAAAAAUCAAUAUGUUGCUCCGAUCGCUCCUCCGAGUAACCGCCGGCCCCGCCUCACCAUUCCGGCAAUCUCAGUGGCAGCUGACCUAUUGCCGGAGCAUGGCCUUGGAAACCUCUAAAGGUGGUUCCAGCAAAGCAGAGAAACCCCAGCCAAAAUUUGAUAAGAAAGCACAGUCGAAACCCGAUCUAAAGGAUAAGAAGCCUGAACAAGUGCUGGCGACAAUCCUUGAAUCUAUCUCUAGACAAGAUGUGGAGCUCCGCCGCCGUCUGCCCCUUGACGUGCCCCGCCAUGGGCUCCCACUCUUCACUUCCGCUCCGUCUCUCUCGUUGCUCACCGAUAAUGAUGUCAACCUUUACUCUAAUUCAGAAGUAUCAUCCCUGCUGACAAAGAAAGCAUGCAUAGACCUCAUAAAGAAAUGCAAAUCCAUGACUUGUUUCAAGCAGAUCCAAGCCCAGGUCUUCACUCAUGGUCUGCACAGCAACAUUGAUGUCUUGCACAAGCUCAUGGCAUUUGCCACAGAUGCUGACUUAAGCUAUGCUGACAUAAUAUUUGCUCAAAUUGAGCUCCCAACUUUGUUUAUCUAUAAUGUGAUGAUCAAGGCACAUGUGAAAUCUAGUAGUUGCAGAAAAGCCCUUUCGUUGUUUGAUGAGUUACGUCACAAGGGAUUGGUGCCCGAUAAUUAUACAUAUCCUUUUGUCUUUAAGGCCGUAGGAAAGUUGAGGAUGGUUCCUGAAGGGGAAAAGCUUCAUGGGUUUGCAUUGAAAAGUGGGGAUCUUCAUGAUUGCUAUGUUUGUAAUUCGGUUCUAGAUUUGUAUAGGGAAUUAGGGUGUGUCCAGAAUUUAGCAAAAGUGUUUGAUGAAAUCCCUACAAGAGACUUAAUCUCAUGGAAUGUCUUGAUUUCUGGGUUUGUAAAGAGCAGCAGGUUUGAGGAAGCUGUUAAUGUUUAUAGGAGGAUCAGACUAGAGACAAGUUUGCAACCUGACGAGGCCACAAUUGUAAGCACUUUGUCUGCAUGUACGCCACUAAAGAACUUGGAUCUUGGUCGUGAAAUUCAUGAGUAUGUGAGUAAAAAAUUGGGGUUUACUAUGAUUAUCGGAAAUGCAUUGAUGGAUAUGUAUGCUAAGUGUGGAUGUGUAGAGAUUGCCCGAGGAAUAUUUGAUGCCAUGCCAGAAAAAAAUGUUAUUUGUUGGACUAGUAUGGUUUCAGCUUACACAAAUUUGGGUUGUUUGGAUGAAGCUAGGGCUUUAUUUGACAGGAGCUCUGUCAAAGAUCUUGUUUUGUGGACAACCAUGAUCAAUGGGUACGUACAGUUCAACAUGGUUGAUGAAGCCAUGACCUUGUUUAGGAGCAUGCAAAUGAAAGGCAUUGAACCUGACAAAUAUACCCUUGUUACUUUGCUCACAGGAUGUGCUCAAUUAAGAGCACUGGAACAAGGUGAAUGGAUUCAUGCUUACUUGAAAGAAAUUGGAAUUAUUAUUGAUGCAGUGGUUGGGACUGCUCUAAUGGAGAUGUAUGCAAAAUGUGGUUGCUUAGAGAAGUCUUUGCAGAUUUUCUAUCAACUGAACCAGAAAGAUGCAGCAUCAUGGACGUCUAUGAUAUGUGCACUUGCCAUGAAUGGAGAUGCAAAAAAGGCUGUACAAUUAUUCACAGAAAUGACGCAAGUCGGGAUUAGACCUGAUGAUGUCACCUUCGUUGGUGUUUUAAGUGCCUGCAGUCAUGGAGGGCUAGUAGAGGAAGGCCGUAAGCAUUUUGAUUCCAUGACUAAGGUUUAUCAACUUGAGCCAAAGUUGGAACACUAUGGUUGCCUGAUAGACCUUCUAGGUCGUGCUGGACUCAUGGAAGAUGCUGAACAGAUCAUAAGAGAGAUACCUAAUCAAGAUAACAAUUUUGUCAUCCCACUUUAUGGUGCUCUGCUUAGUGCAUGCAGGAACUAUGAAAAUGUUGAAAUUGGUGAACGUAUUGCCAAGAAGCUUCUGGAGGUUGAGUCCAGUGAUUCUAGUGCUCAUACACUUUUAACCAAUAUAUAUGCAGCUGCCAAUAGGUGGGAAGAUGUAAAGAAAGUCAGAAGGAAAAUGGAUACCAUGGGGUCCAAGAAGUUUCCCGGGUGCAGUGCACUUGAUGUUGGUGUUGGUGGCAUUUACUAAAUCUGGUUCAAACCUAACGGGGCAGAUUGUAAACCAGUACUUGAGUGCGAGUGCACGCAGUUGAAAGUUGGAAGCCAGGAAGGCGAGAAGCAGAGAAAAUAGCUCUUCGAACUACAGUCCAAGUUUAACGUAGACGUCUUCAGCCGGCCAUAUCUAGUGGACAUCUAAUGGAAGCGGAUGGUAAAGCUGCCUAUCUUCAGAAUCUUUGUGAAGAGCUGCUCUUUGACCCACAGAAGGCCAUAGAAAUUCAUGAAGAAAUUUUCCGGAGAAAAAUUCAGUGACUGGUAGCUAUUAAACGUGAAAUCAUCGACGGCAAUGUAAAAACUUUGGAGCCGAUACAGAUUAUCAAAUAUGUUCUGCAUUACAAAGUAAACAGUCGAAGCAGCUCAUGCAGAUAUCAGCGGAGGUGCAUUUGAGAAGAUUGUCCAGGAGGCAAUUGCUUCUGGUGUAUAUGGAUAUGGCGCCAAGGCUUGACGACAUUUUUCUGCAAGCACACUGAUGUUCGCUAAAACAGAGUUUUGCAGUCUUGCAAAUUUGGCGACUACUUGCGCUCGCCAAAGUAGUAGGUAUGCUAUCCACUCGAAUAUGUACUCAUACGCCUGUGGAUCUGAUCGCGCCAAAAGCACGUUGUUUUAGCGUUAUAAUUACAAAUAUUUCCUAAUCCUGAUGUAGUUAUCAGGAUAGUUUUAGGUGCGAUGAUUUACGUUGUACUAGUAUAUAUUUGAACUUAAAAAAAAACUAAAAUAUAUGCUAUGUAUGUGUAUUACAAAAGUGGAGAGGACUUUAUUGCAGAUGAGGCAGUGGUAAGUGUGAGUUAAUGUGCA